AUGGGCUCUGAGCUGGAGACAGCGAUGGAGACUCUCAUCAAUGUGUUCCAUGCCCACUCGGGCAAGGAGGGAGACAAGUACAAGCUGAGCAAGAAGGAGCUAAAAGAGCUGCUGCAGACUGAGCUCUCCGGCUUCCUGGACGCCCAGAAGGAUGCAGAUGCUGUGGACAAGGUGAUGAAAGAGCUAGACGAGAAUGGAGAUGGGGAGGUAGACUUCCAGGAGUACGUGGUGCUGGUGGCUGCCCUCACAGUAGCCUGCAACAACUUUUUCUGGGAGAACAGUUGAGCAGACAGCCCCAGUGGGCAGCGCCCUUCCCCCUCCUCCCCCCUCACCCCACUUUUCCCUCCCUACACUCCUACCCUUGCCCACCCUCCACCAAGGGCGCAAGAGUAGUGGGCCAAGCCUGCAACUCAUCUUUCAUUAAAGGCUCUUCUCUGGCCA